AUGCCGAAGAGAGGAAAGCCCUCAUCUUCACGGAAGGAUUUUGCGAAGAAGAAAAGUACAAUUGGCCGCCCAGAGUACAAACCCAACUCUCCUAUGGUGAAAUCAAAAGUCCUCAAAAUGCGGGAUCAAGCGAUCGCUGACAUAACCACAGAAAUAUCUGAGGCGCUUCGUGGUGUUGUUUUACCUUCUGAAAAAUCGCGAUCGAAUUGCUUAAAAACUUUAACAAAAUACAUUCGACAACAAGAGUCCGUCCCUGCGAUAUUGGUUACACGAAUGAUCGGACUCUGUUUUCCGUUUGUGACGGACUUGUCUCCAGUUGUCCGUGACGCAGCCGACAAAUUUGUAUUAGGGUACGUCGAAGGGUUUUCUUCGAAGACGACAAAAUUGGUGAGAAAGUACAGUGACUUGUUGUUCACGCAACUUGAAUUGGGGUUGGUGCAUUCGUGGGCUUCUAUUCGAGUCGAAAUUUUGCAGCUCAUCGACAAAAUCAUUGGUAGAGGGAUUGGUGUUCUUUAUAACAAAGAAAUACAAUUAGCAGAGGCGCUUGAAAAGUUCUCUGAGAACUCACUUAGGACGGUGACCGACUUUACACUCAAAGAGACUGCACAAAGAAUGGCAAAGAAGUUGAGAGAAUCGUACGACAAACGUAAACAAGACGAGUUCGAGAGAAACAAGGUGAAGACUGUCAACGUGACGUUUAAACAGGGAGAGUGGUGUGGUGUUGUGUUCGACAACACAUCGUUCUCAAGAGCAUUUGUAAACGAAUGGAUUUGA